ACAGUUGUUUUCUGCUUGGUCCUAGAGCUCAACCAGUGUCCAUUUAAUAUGACGUAGUAUUGUUUUUGGAUGGUAAAAAUGCAGGGGUCAAACCUUGACUUUGGAAAAAGUGGGGGGGACAAGUCCCUCCUGUCCCCGCCCCAAAAUUACGUCCAUGACGGUACAUGAUACAGUACAUGAGCAUCUAGGCUACUUUUCUUUUUUUUAACAAAACUGAACAGUGUUAAUAUCUGUUUCUGUGUGACGUCUGAGCUUACUGCUCAUUGGCCGACACUAACCGGGUGUCAUGUGCACAGCUGAAUUGGAAACAUAUGAUUCCUGCUUGUCAUUGUUUUGUAUGAGAAGGAGGGAUUUAGGAGUGACUGAGGAAAAAAAAUGUUCCUUUGCCAGUUCUGGGAGGAUUAAGGACGAGGAUGCUGCCAGUCUGACCACUGAAACCACAUAUUUGAACAUCAAGCUAGCCUUUGACCUGCUGCUGCGUAUUCUUCUUCAGUUUUGUGAAAUGCUUGUCAUUAUGUUUCCAAAUGUUUCUAGAAGUUUUGGCUUCUCUGUAAGUGACUUUGCUGCUAGAGUUCCCAUUUCUGCUCAUUUGUGCUGUUUUGGUUUUGUUGGCUGAAGGCUCCUGCUGUUGUUUCUGUCGCAGAUGCAGAGUGCGAACAUGACCGUGAGCCACAAGAAAGCAAAGGUGCUCUGCGUGAUUGUGACGCUGAACAUCUUCAUCUGUGUCUUGAUGGGCCUGAAGUGGAAUUUUGGGACCGGCCAAAGCCGUCAGCAGAAGGUUCGAAUCCCAUCCCAGAGGUUUUGGCACCAACGUUUUCUGAGUGAAUCUUUCUGGAACAAGGAGCAGCAGCUGCUAGACGUAGUUCACAACCCAGUCAUGAACUCUGCGCUCUCCAGCAACUCCACCAGUUUGUUGCCAGGUUGGAUAAAUGACAUCUGUGAACCAGAUUACAGGGUUCCAGCCCAAAUCUCGGACUACAACACACUGCCGCAGCGGUUUCGAGACUUUCUUCUGCACAUGCACUGCAGGACCUACCCCAUGCUGAUAAAUCAGCCCCACAUCUGUCAGGAAAACCCAUUUCUGCUGCUGGUGGUCAAGAGUUUAAUCCCACACUUUGACCGCCGGCAGGCCAUUCGUCAGACGUGGGGUCACGCAGGCAUCUUAGCCAAUCGGACAGUAGUGACCGUCUUCCUGCUUGGCAGCACUUUGUUGGUGGAGAGUUUUCCAGAUCUGCAGGGAAUGCUUGUCCACGAGGGGAAUUUUCACAAAGAUUUACUCCAGUGGGACUACAGGGACACUUUCUUUAACCUCACCCUCAAAGAGGUCCUCUUUCUGGAGUGGUUUAGCCAACACUGUCCUCAAGCCCAGUAUGUUCUGAAGGGGGAUGAUGAUGUCUUUGUAAACACUCUGCGAGUCCUUGACUUCCUCGACGGUUUGUCUGAGUUCAAAGCCAAGGAUUUGUUCAUAGGUGAUGUAAUCAGUGAUGCUGGGCCACAGAGAGACAAACGGCUGAAGUAUUUCAUCCCCGAGAGUGUGUUUGUGGGGGAGUACCCGCCCUACGCCGGGGGUGGAGGCUAUCUGCUUUCAGGGGAGUUGGCGCUACGCCUUUACAACGUAUCACAGGAGGUGGUCUUGUACCCCAUCGAUGAUGUGUACACAGGGAUGUGUCUGAAGAAGCUGGGCCUGGCGCCUGAGAAGCACUCUGGUUUCAGGACGUUUGACAUAGAGGAAAAAUUCAGACGCAAUCCCUGCAUCUACAGAGGCUUGAUGCUGGUUCACAACCGAACACCACAGGACAUGCUGAAGCUCUGGCCCUGGAUCGUCCGCCCGGAGCUGGACUGCCAGUGAACCCCCACCCCACCCCCUAUUUAAAGAGCAAGUCACCCCCUACCAGAGUCUAACCCCACUCCCACUUCAUGUUUGAAAAAUGCAACAAAUGCUGUUGCCUGGUAGACCGAGAGGGCGGAGCCGCUAACAAAUACACACACACUCAGGCUCACGACAGCAUUGUGACAUCAUAAUGUACCAGUUUACAUCAUAGCAUACUUCUUAGCCAAUAGCGGUGGCAGAUUUAAAUUAAAAGACAGUGCAGAGUUUUUACCUGACAACGGCACAACACUGCCAGUUUUAGGCAGAAUAUUUAAAUUUUAACUAAGAUGCACUGAAGUGCCAAAUUAUUGACGACACGAGUCUGCAGCACGAUUAGACACUCGUUUAUUUAGUUUAUCAGCAAAAAAAAGUUUAUUUGGGGGUGACUUGCUCUUUAAAUGUGUUUGUGUUCAUUUUAAGAUUUUUAGAGCUUAAUGUUCCCGUUGGCAUUUUAAAUUAAAUUAAAUUAAAUUAAUUGUUGUUUUAAAUUACUUGUUUCUUUCUUUAUUUUCAGAAAAAUCUGGAUUUUACUGUCAGAAAUGAUUUAAAGAAGAUUUCAUAUGAACUACAUUAGUCAGAAAACGUUUGGUUUCCUUUCAGAAUCAACAUUUUCUAAGAGACACCAAACCACAAAAUACUCCCACAAAUGUGGACCAUUAAUUGCAAACAAGAUUUGUUAAAAAAAAAGUGAUUUUCCUAACAAAUCCAAAGUGAGUUCAUGUACAAUAUAGAGUAAGAGUACGCCCGACUUAUAGUCUUAGGAGAAAAGCCACACUUAAGACAACAAAAUUCUAAUUAACAGGCGUUCAACCACAGGUGUCCAGCAGACAGGUGACUAUAAAAGGACGUUACUUAAAGAAAAGUCCUUCCCAUUUCAUGCUGUCAGCAACGGCUCCACAUGGAAGAGAAAUGUCACAAAAUCUGAGAAAGGAAAUCAUUUAUUUACACAAGAAGGUGAGGGCUACAAGAAGACCAGCAAAGCUUUACGUAUCAGUCACAAUACUGUAGCAGAAGUCAUCCAAACAUUUAAGAAAGAUGGAAGUGCAACCAAUCUUACAGAGACGUCCACGUAGUUAACAUCUCUACAGGAGCGUCUUCUGAUGAGAAGGGUUGUAGAAAAUCACCAUGCAAGUUCACUGCAGUCAGCUAGAGCAGUAGAAAGCCUAACUGGAGUGACCGUUCCCCGUGACACCAUACGGCGCACACUGCAGAGGAAUGGCAUGCAUGGGCAUCGUCCACAAAGGAGAGAGAGUGCUCGCUGCAGAACCACAAAGGUGGAGCUGCACCAAAGUCAGCCCCGGCCCAAUGACUUAUUCUGUUUUUGUUUUGUAACUUUAUCGCAAACUAACCUGGCCCAUAUGAACUAUGGCUGCUACUAGUUUACAACUGUUAAUUCUAUGUUCUAUGUUCCAAUUAAGCAAGAUAAAUAUAAUUUGCUACAUGAAAAAGCCGGAUAUUACC